CACCGCCCACGCGCCCAGGCCAGCAAACCUAUCAAGUCAAUCAGGAUGGCCUAGCAAGUGAAUCAGAGUGGGAUUGGAUGGGAGGGAAUAUGGGAUCGACAAGCUGCAAGCACAACCACACAAGAAGCCACGUGGGACAGAAUCCAGAGGCGCAGGCAUAGGCGUAGCUGGAAACUUCGCAUUCGUCCGCCUUUGGUUUGGGAGAGGCGUCCUUUGAUCGGGCCACCAGCGCCAGGGCGAUCGUCCUUUGGCGCCAAACCUGGCUUGAGCAAGUUGCGAACGCGCAGUGGGGAUUCGGGUCGCUCGCAUCGAUGGCUCGGCCGUCGCUCUGAAGGUGAGACGGUGCAUCCCUCCCGUGUUUCUCUGGGGGCAUCAUGGCAGCCAAUGGUGGCACAGGUCUGUCCUACACGCCUUACACGCGAAAGACGCACUCGCGAGGGCCAUCAACGGCUAGCUUCACUUCUUCGGUACAGGACGUCGCGCCCGCUUCGAGUGCUGCCCCCGUUGCGCCUUCGCAUGCAGGCGCAACAUCUUCAUCUCUCCUCGAUGAAUCUCCAUCUCAACCACAACAGCAGCAGCAGAAUGGGCGCUCAGCGCCGUCUUUGGGAGCAGGGCAAAUUACAAGCCAGCCACUGACUGGCGGCGCGUUGCGUGUGGCCGUGCCGUUGGGGACAAGGGGGGCCCAAGUAAAUGGAGCCCUCGCACUGGGGCGUGGCCCUUCUAGCGUUGCGUCAGGAAGUGCACCGCCGCCGCUUCGGAGGAUCUCCGAGAUACGCAAGGCAGCUGCGACGACAGCUCAGCCUCGGACACCCGCAAAGGCGAAAGCAAAGUCUUCAAAGAACGACAUGCUCCCGCACGUGACCCCUGCAUCGUCCUCUUCUUCGGCGUCCGCCUCCGAAUCACAGCUAUCGCCCAACUUGAAAGCGGCAGUGCAAGCCGUAUAUGCAAGCGCAAAUGCAUCGGUUUCGUUUUCGCGUUCUGGGUCGCCUCCACCAAGCGCGAGCGCGAUGCGGCACGACCCGAUGCGGCACCAUCGCGCUACAUCAAGCAUCGGGAGCAGCGGCACAAACACUCCUUAUCCGCUCUCGCUUCCGCCGACGAACAUGAAUGCACAUUCCGCUUCGUCGUCGCUUUAUACCUCGCUCGUGAACGACCCGAUCCCGAUCCCCUCUGGUCCAGCACUAGGACAGGUAUCCACUUCAGCUUCCGCCGAUCCGCCAGGACAGACCACCAGCCGCACAGACGCCUCUACAAGACAAACAGGCCUCACCGGCGCAUAUUCAGAAGCCAACGGCCGCUUAACGAGUUACCGCCCCGGCUUCCAGGCGCGCGGCGUCUACCGCGUGCUCACUGAGGAGUUCGAAGCGGCGCGCCGCCAGUCGCGCAGCGCACAGGAGCGGCGCAGGGCCGAGCUGGCUGAGGAGCGUUUGACGAGGCGGCUCGAGAAACUGCUCGCAAUACAUUUGCAAGCGAGCGAUGCCGUGCGCGCGGAGGCGCUCGCAAAGACAAGGGCGCGCCGUGACGCGCGUGCGGCUGGUGCCGCCGGUGUCGCUGGCGACAACGGGGAGAAAGAAAUCGCGAGUUCUGUGCGAGGCGUCGCCGGUAACGUCUGGUCUACGUUGCGCUUUCGUGCCAGCCAGCUCGCCUCAUCGCUUGAGGACCCGGAAAAGGUCUACCUCCGCACCAAGGAGCAGGAGAUCGUGCAUUGGGAAGACGACAAGGCGGCCAAGCGCUGUCCGAUCUGCAACACGCCCUUCAGCCUCGCUGUGCGCAAGCAUCAUUGCAGACUGUGUGGGAGGGUCGUCUGCGCGUCGCCGCAGCUGACGCGCUUUGCACCCAUGGAAAGAGCUUCUGCGGUGGCAGGGCAGAAACAGGCCCAGCAGAACGGCUCAGGGCCGGGCGACGGCCACGGGGAGGACAAGGCCUUCAAGUGCUCCGGUCUGGUCCUCGCCGAUCCGAAGAGCAUGCGCGUGUCCUCUUUCUUCGUCAGUAGUCAACCAGGUGGCGGCAGCGACCCCGGCUCCGCUAGCCCAAGCCUCGACGUCGUAUCAGAAAAAGCCCCCCAGCAGAUGUCGACAGAUUUUUUACGCAUCCGCAUCUGCCGCGAAUGCAGGGAUACUGUCUGUAAGCGGCAAUACAUGUUGGACGACGGGAACCGGGUUCCAAUGUACCUCAAGCUGUACGAGGCGCUUAUGCGCUUGCAGCGCGAGAUUGAGGAGAGUCUGCCGGAGUUCCAGGAGAUGGUGUUGGGCUUGCAAAAGCAAGAUGCGAACGCGACACUCGGCGUCGAAGAGGGCGUCCUGACGGUAGCGCAGGGUAACAGCAGUGGCGGCAGUGAUGCAGCACAAAUCAAACAGCAGCAAGUCAAUGUACGCAUGAUGCUCGCUCUGCAGAAGGACGCAGCGGCGGCGCGCAAGCAGCUGCUGGCCAACUUUGCGAAUUAUGACGCGCUGGCAAGGCGAAUACGCUCCUUGCCGCCUGAGGACUCAGGACCGUUUGGGGGCGCUAGCGGUCGGCCUGCGGCAUCGACGGACCAGGCGCAGGAAAGGCUUCAGCAGGCAGUUUGGACGCGGGCGAACCUCUUCUUGCAGCAGAACAUGUUCCCGUUACAAGCGCUGCCCAAGUUUGUGGCAUCCAAAAAGGAAGGCAUCGGCAGUCCAACCUCGUCAGCGACCUCAACGCCUCCGCUUGGUGGUGCAGCAAAACUAUCCGAGGGUGCUGUCGCUAUCAACGGCGGCGGUGGCGGCAGCAACGACGCAUCGCACACAGUCGGAGCCCUGCGACAGCAGCUGUCUGUUCUUUUGGAGCAAGAGGAGCUUGUCGCGUCGUACGUUGACAGCGCGAACAAGGCUCGCAAAUUCGACGAUGCGAGGAGCUUGCGGAUGAGCUUGGAUGAGCUGCGCAAGGAGAUCGUGCAGAUCAGACGCCAGCUCGGUAUACCGCCUGCGGGUGCUUCGGGUGGCGCAAAGACUGGCAAAAAAGCUCGUCGAUAGCUGUCCCUCUUUGGCGCUGUCUCGCCCCAUGUAUGUAGCAGGGGUGAGAAUUUCGCAUUGCCAGCAGCCAUUUGCUUCGCUUGGGUCGUUCUACUCUCUGCGCUUUGAAGCGGCUCACACUUCGCCUGCCUGGGCCUGUGCUGCUGUUAGCGUCUGUAUGCGCACGAUUUCGUUUUUCUUGGUCUCCAUUUUGCUUUCUGCUGCCUGGAUUAGCUGGUCCGUCCGCU